AUGCCCUCCAUGGAUUCGACAUCUUCAUUGCCCAUGUACUGGUUACCACCAUGUCCGUCACACGCUGUAGAUUCGACAAACCCUCCGUCCGCCAGUCAGCCAACUCCCUCUCCGCUGUACGCCGACGAGCCCUUUCCAGGCUUGGGGUAUAAAGACCAGAUUACCCUCAUCUUGGAGAUCCACUAUUAUUCGAUGAAGACCUACGGUGUUGGGCUCAAGAUCGAACGCGUCCGGAAUGCUACAGGGUUCUUCCGGGUUCUUCCAAUAGGUGGUAACAGUGGUAACGAGACAUCGGGUUAG